AUGUCUGUUAAUUGCUCGACCCCGGCGCACUGCCUGCAUGGCUUGGAGACAAGCUCCGGCCGCGGGAACCGGCUUGGUGGUGGCCCGGGGCUUCUCCUGCGCGUCUCCGAGCACUCCCAGGCGUUGGGGGGUCAGAGGAGGGCGAAUUCCCAGGCAUCCACCCCGACCGGGUCGGAACCCGAGCGCUCGGAGCCCGUCUCCCCCAGAAGCCUGAGCAACAGCGCCGGAGUCUCUUUAAAGCAGUAG